AUGGCCGUCGCCUCGACGCCGCUCGUCGCGGCACCAUCGUGCCCGGCCUGGGCGAAGCAUCGUCGCGGGCGCCAGCCGCAGUUCGACGGCAAGCCGUGCGAGCCUGCUAAGGAGGAGGACAUGUGGCUGUGCCUGGCCGACGGCCGCGCGCGCAGCACCGCCGACCUGAAGCGCCUGGCGACAGCCGCUCGGGUGCGAGCGAAACGAGCAAGAGAUGCAGCCGCCGCGAACACGCGCGAUCGGCAGGCGCGCGACCAGCGCCGCCGGCAGCGUGAGCAGCACGACCGGCGCGCAGCGCCGGCGGUCGCCAAGACCGUGCGCCCACAACGCGGCCAGUGCGGCUGCCCGGCGCACGCGGUGUGCGGCAUGUGCGUCGACCAGGGCAAGCUCGCCGCGGCCGAGCAGGCGGCCAUCGACCUGGAGACGCGCUUCCACGCCUCGACGAACGUCGUCAUGGACCUGGAGCGGCCCGAGGACGAGACGGCGGCGCUGCUGCAGCGCUGCGUGCACGUCUCCGACGAGACGAAGCGGCGGCUGCUGGGCGAGUGGAGCGACGAGCGCAUGGCGCACGCGCUGCCGCUGCACGCAUGCGCCUCGUGCACAGCUUGA